CACCAACGGAAUUGAAUUUGCAAUCGAGACGUUCCUUGACAUUGCAUCUUGACGAUGCAUCUCAGAAUUGUCUUUGUUUUCGUUACUUUCUUCUGGUCUGUACGAUCUCAACCGGAAGAAAAUUCUUCUAUUAUUUACUCUACAAUAAACGAAACAAGGAAAAUAUUGAAGAAUGUAGAAUCAAACUAUCCUACAAGACAACCCAUUUUAAUAGAACGAAGCAACGUUAUAGAAAAUCAAACUAAUUUCAAAGGAAACAUUAGUAAUAGAGAGGAAACAAGUAAAUACGGAACGAAAGAUUUUGAAAUCAUUGAAAAAUAUGUUUCGAAGAACGGCAGUAAUCCUUCAACGAAUAACACCAAGACUUUCGUAUUCGAGAGUCGUGAUAAUCAAGGAAAUCGGGGACCUCAUGAAAAGGAUAUUCGUGAAGCUGUUGAUUUUGGAUUGCGAGCGAUGCAUGAUCUUUACAACGUUAAAGAACCAAAAUUAUAUUCAAUGGGACUCUAUCUUGGAGCUGAUAAUCCAGCAAAGUAUGUGGCAGCUUUCAAUGAUCAAACCGAAGAAGCUAGGAUGCUCGCUAAAUUCAGUUAUGCGGUCCUCGAAGGCGCAACUAUGUUUGUCAAAAAAUUUCCCGAUAUGUCAAGAGAAUUUCCUCUUUCUCGCAACGGUCAAGCAACGAGAUUGCAACGACAAUGUCCGAGAAGAGGAACUCCUCGAUGUCCACCAGCUAGUUUAAGAUAUAGAACUUCGGACGGAAGUUGUAAUAAUCUUAAGAAUCCUUGGUGGGGAUCAGCAAUGUCAACUAUGCAAAGAUUCUUACCACCGAGUUAUGAUGAUGGUAUACAAAGCAUUAGAAGAUCAAAAGAUGGUAAUCCAUUGCCAAGUCCACGUGUAAUUUCCGACGUGUUACACGAGGACAGGGAUAUACAAUUGGCAUCUAUUACACACAUGUUGAUGCAAUGGGGUCAAUUUGUGGAUCACGAUUUAGCAGCAACUGGACAAAGCAGAGGCUUCAAUGGAUCGGUACCUCAGUGUUGUUUAAAUUCAGGUCUUGGGUUUCAACCCUUCGAAUUUACGCACCCGGAAUGUUUGCCAAUAGCGGUAGACCCUCAGGAUAGUUUCUUUGCUCGUUUUGGUGUGAAAUGUCUCGAGUUUCUUAGAAGUGGAUCAGCACCCAGAGAAGACUGCCAAUUUGGCGCUCGUGAACAAUUAUCUCAAGUUACAAGUUAUUUAGAUGCAUCCACGGUAUACAGCAGCAAUGCUUUUCAAAGUGACAAUCUCAGACUCUUUAGAAACGGUUUAUUGCAAUACGGCAAAAUCCAAUCCCAAAGACCUUUACUACCCAAACAAGAUUCGGAUCUUUGCAAACGAGGUUCUUUAUCAACGAAUUGCUUCAGAGCAGGCGAUGGUCGUUUGAGCGAACAACCGGCUCUGACGUCCAUCCAUAUUGUAUUCUUAAGAUUGCACAAUAGAUUAGCGACGAAACUCGUCGCACUGAAUCCUCAUUGGAGCGACGAAAGAAUAUUCCAAGAAACUCGUAAGAUUAUCGGGGCGAUUGUGCAGCAUAUUACUUAUCGCGAAUUCUUACCGAUCAUACUAGGGAACGAGGUAAUGAAGGUAUUUGAUCUCGAAGUCUUAAUAAAGGGCUAUUACGAUGGUUACGAUUCUUCUAUUAAUCCUACUAUAGCAAACUCGUUCUCUACUGCCGCUUAUCGUUUCGGACAUUCAUUGGUUCAGCAUAGUUUCCUACGGUUCGACGGAAAUCAUCGACCUUUCUUUAAUAACGUCUCAAUCCACGAUGAAUUUAGAAAUCCAGAAAAUUUGGAGACAGCAGGUUCGGUAGACCGUCUUCUUUUAGGAUUAGUAAAUCAGCCGUCACAGAAAAGAGAUGAAUUUGUAACGAGUGAAUUGACACGUCAUUUAUUCCAAACGCCAGGUUUCCCUUUUGGGAUGGAUCUGGCAUCUCUCAAUAUCCAAAGAGGACGAGAUCAUGGUAUACCACCGUACGUUGAUUGGCGAGGACCAUGCGGCUUGUCUCCUGUCAAAAGUUUUGCCGAUCUUGAGAAAAUUAUGUCACCUAAUGCUAUGAUAAAAUUUCGAACUUUAUACUCUCACGUAGAAGAUAUUGAUUUAUAUUCUGCUGGACUGGCAGAAAAUUCGGUUCGAGGUGGUUUAGUGGGACCAACAUUUGCUUGCAUAAUCGCGCAGCAAUUUAGUAACCUUAGACGUGGUGAUCGAUUUUGGUACGAAAAUGAAAAAGAGGAAAGUGGCUUUACUUCUAGGCAACUUCAACAAAUCAGACGUAUCACAUUUUCGCAAGUUCUUUGCCUUACAAUAGAUACCAUCAAAUCCAUUCAACCAUUCGUCUUUCUAGUGGCCGAUACAUUCAGAAAUCAACGUGUAGAUUGCGAUGAUGAAGUAAUGACACAGUUCAGCCUUGAACCUUGGACCGAACAACCACCGGAACAAAGAAGUGGAUCGGGUAAUAUAAAAUUAUCAGAUCGAAAGAGAACUGAUCGAGUUCGUAGUACAACCAGCAAGUCUGUUACGAGUCUGAGACAAGAAGCGACCAAAGAAAAUGUUAAAAUCAACACGAAAGAACAAACGAAGACUUUACCUCAAAGAACAAAACCUUUUAAGGCUAAUAUCAAUCAGCAUAAUAGAAUCAUCGUGAAAAAACCUUUGGGUCCAUCCGACAACGUUACCAUAGUCGUCCAGAAUAAUGCAGUGAAUUCGCCCGUCUUCGUUAACGAUGCAAUUUAUGGUUCGUACAUUCAAAUACAAACGACCACUCAAAGUCACAAGGAUGUUCCGAGACCGGAAUAUUUCAAUUAUCAAACUAAUGGACAAUAUAAUCCAUUAUCGUAUGAUCAAGGAUCAUUUAAUAUUCCUAUUCACAGACCUCCUUCAAAACCAAUACCGACUGUAAUUCCUGACAGAUCUGGAAGUUCACAAAACAGGAAACCAUACAUACCAUAUUCUUACGACGAUCCUAACAAUCCAAAUCCUCUGAAUUAUGGUUACAGACCAAAUUAUACACCCGAGGAUAUCAUUUAUGAUAACUUUUCUCCUACAAGUCCAAGACCAACUUUAUACACCUACUACAUGCACACCCAACAAUUUAAAACUACGCAAAGACCCAUCCAUCAGGACGAAGGUCAUUCGAGUUAUUACAAUCCUUCUUACAAUAAACUAUCUACGGUGCAACAUUAUCAAGAAGCAAGUCCAUCUCCCUGGAUAAAAACUAAACCACAGUUCGAAUCGAGCUAUCAGUCUUAUGCACAGAGACUAAGUUCAGAUGGUAUUACAAAUCCACAUUCGCAGUACAAUGGGAAUAUGAACAACAGACCGGAGUACUGGCCUCAUCAAGCAUCAAGUGCCAUAAAAGAUGAGAAUAUACAUUCAGGACAGAUCUAUUACAAUCAUGAUCAAGAUAAAUCUAGUAGCAAACCUUCUAACAAAGACGAAUCAGAAACUUGGAAAUAUUCGACUAAUGUUGAGGAAGAUGACGGAUUUGCAACUUCUUUGAGCAGACCUUACAAUAAUCCUCAAGAAACAAAUAUUCAUACGAAUAGACCAAUAAAUAGACCACAUAACGAAAAUGAUCCUGACAUUUAUAAUGAGAAACCAUUCGAUACAUCCUACCCUAUUAUGCUGAACAAACCAAAUGACCAAAAUGGCUCAGGAAAUCUACCGAAUGUGCAGGUUUAUCAAGAAGAAACCAUAAAAAAUCCAAUCCUAAGUAAUCCCAGCGAAUGGACCGAUAUUCCAUCUUAUCAGCAAAGACCGACCAAAAGACCCGAUUCUACUAUACUAUAUGAAGAACCUUCGUAUCAGAAAAGUCCAAUUAAAACGCCUACGAUCGUUCAAAGCAAUCUUAGUUGGACGAAAGUUCCAUCAUACCAAGCGGAUUUAUCAAAAGAGACUAGCUAUCAGCAAAGACCGACCGUAAAACCAAAUAGAUCAACUAGCUAUUCAUUUUAUCAAACAAAUCCGUUGAACGAUCCAACGAACAAACCUAUCGAAAACACCGAAGAUAUCUCUUACCAAAGAAAACCAAUUCCACUUGUUCCUAUACAAGAGUUGACAAAAAUUCCAAACAAUAGUAAAAGUUCACGGCCGACAAAAAUACAAAGUGUUACCAUUGUCACCGAAAGUAUCGAGACAGUUCGACAUUCUGGAACUACCGGUUAUAGACCAGAAAAUAAAAUCAAUAAAGAAAUUCCAAGACCAUUGGAACUUCGACAAAACGAAGGAAAACCUGGACAGUACUAUUACGAUAAAAACGUUUUGCAUCGUUACCCCGAGAAAAUGGAAGAUGAUAUCUCUAAACAUGAUCACCGUCUUGUGAAGGACGAUGUUAUUUACAAUGGGACGAAAGAAAUUCUGACAGAAAACAAAACCAUUGUCGCAUUGAAUUUCACCGAUGUAUUUACGAAAGCUCACGUGAUUCAAAAUGACGACGAUAAAUUUAUAACGACUCCUACGAUCGUGAUCAAUGAUCCUGCUAAGAGUUAUAUCGAGGACGAUCUCGACGGAGCUUUUUCCGAAAACGUCGAAAGUGUCACAAUUUUGAACGGUUUACAAAGAACAAAUUACUGGCUAAAUUCCGAAGAAAAUCCAGAAUUGUCGUCCAUUUUGGAAAUGCCUAACGUUACAUCCGACGAAAGCAUAAGCGUCAAAGAAUUGCCUAAGCCUUUAAUUAAAACCAGUAAAUCCGCCUCUUAAUUUACGUUUCUUGGUAGUUUAGAAAGCUAUUAUUUUGUUCUUCUUUUUUUCUAUUUUAUUAUUAUCGUUAACCGUCAUACCUUCUCACGCUAUUUAUUAUCAAGUUCAUUCUUUAUUUUCAUUAAGUUUGUAUUUAUUUUCGUAGACGUACAUAGUUCCAUAGAGAUAAUAAUAGCGUCCGCUUACUUUUCAUUAAGAAAACUUUACUUUCUCGAUUAUUCGUAUUAAAUUUAAAAUGUUGACGAGGCUUACGAUGUAUACCAUUAAGAGACUCAUAGGAAAAUAAAAUAAUUACGUUAAGUAACGACGACUAUAGCAUACGAAUGACAUAUGGUAUGCUAACACGCAUUUCGACGGUAACACGGAAUGUAGCCUAGUUUUAUCCCGCUUUUAAACUCAGCCGUCUAUGUCUGGAGCGUCUCUCGACUAUUUUCAGAUGCAGUUUCCAACUCGCUGCAUUUCGUCUGUCUUCUCGAAUUCCACUAAAAAUUCAUCGUUCAAAUCCCACGUAUAUAAGUACUUACAUAUAACGUCCUAAUUUUUAAUUUCCUCUUUCCACCUUGUUUCUUUUUUCGUUCGCCGUUAUACGACUUUCGCCUUAUGUUUGCGAACUUCGUAUGUUUAUUUAAAUUUCGAUAACAUGUUUCACGAUCGAUGAACUAUCGACGUUUUGAGAUAAUAAGCAAACAAAAGUGUUCUGCAUGUCAUUGUUAAGGCCGUUAUAAUAUUUUUAGAUAAAGGUAUUUUUUCUCAUGUAAUUUUUUUUUUUUUAACAUUCCCCUUUAAUAUAGAACGAAUAUUUAAAAGGAAUGAUCAAUCAAAAAAUAAAAUUAAUUACACGAAGGAAUAGUACAAAUAGAAGAAAUAAACUCAUAUUUGAGUAAGCCAGGUGGAUUACAAUCGUUAGGUAGGAAAGAGAAAAGAUUGUGGUAAUCUCUUGCGAAUGGGAAUCGAGUUCGUCGCUCGAACGGUUUACUUCUGACGAAGGCGAAAGAAAAAAGAGACAAUGGCGUACGAAGAAUCGAAAUGUACUUUCGGAUACCGCGACCCGGAUUCAGAGUUCCCGAUGUGUCACGCAUCGACUGAAUUCGGAAAUCGAGGAGAACGUGCCCUGAAAGUUAUUUGAGCCAGCGAAAUUUUGGCAUUUAUUGUUUUCUCAAAAUGAUUUCUUGUCUUUUAAAAAAAGUAAUCAAGAAAGAGACAGAAAAAAACGACGUUUUGUAUUACGUAUACAUACUAUUUUUAUAAACAAUUAUUCGAGUAUCGAAGUAGGAUCAAUUUUGAUAGAUUUUAUAUUAGAAGAGAAGCUUAUCGAUCGAAAUUCGAUUGAUGAAUUUAUUUCAGAAGUCGCAAAACUGCUUUUCUCUCUUAAUUAUGCAGUAUUGCUUUUAAUGAAAAAGGAUCUCUCCUCCACGCUCGAUUUAAUGAGUCCGCGAGGCAGAUUCCUUUGUGAAAGCUUACACGUUCGAGCGUAAAGAAAUGUACAUGAAAGAAACACUCGAGUCGGUGUCUAUAGAUCGGAAAUUAAUUACUUUUAACGUUUCGUUGAAAAUGGGUUAUAAUCCUAUCGCAAUGGUAUUAAUUCGAGCAAAAAUGAUUAGCACGUAUUCCCGUUUCGUUUCUUUUCAUUUUAUUUCAUUUCGUUUCGUUUCGUUUCGUUUCUUUGAUUCAAGAUAUUCCUUUGUAUAAUAUUCAAGCAUCCGUUUGUUAGAGAAUGAAGUACAGAUGAAUUCUUUAAACAAUAAAGAAAUUGAGUGACGUAUUCAUUUUAAAACGGCAACCGAGUUUACAGUCUUCUUCUUCGUUCUCACACUAAUUUACGUGGGACUACGAUGACGGUAAUGCUUAACAGACAUGCUUUCCCUUUCCACGGUGUGUUGCGUCUUUAUUAUGUGAGAAAUACGUAAUGCAGCAUCACGAUGGUCUAUCAUUGAGAUAAUUGGAGUAUAAUAGCGACUAACGCCAAGUAUAUAUAAAGAAAAGAAUGUAAUAUCUUUCGGUAGAAGAUACGUAAUAUAUUAAUUAUUUAAAAUUUUUUCAUACUUACAAGAUCCUGUGAAAAAUAAACAAACAAAAAAAUAUUAAAAAAACAUUUCAAAUUCAAGAUACAUGUUUAUACACGCAAUAUGACAAUAUGUAUAAUGAUACUAUCGAAUUACUUAGAAUUAUAUGUUUCUUCCUAGUUUUUAAUAAAAUUGAUAAUAUAACAUUAAUCAAAUUAUUAUAUUCGAUGUUUCAUUAAUCACUUCGUGAAUUCUAUAAAUAUGAUAGCUAGCGUACAAAUUUCGAUCGGUUAGUAAGGAAGGAAACAACGUA